CUAUUUUUCUCAACACUCUCACCCUGUUUUCAUGUUUCCCUUUUCAGACUCCAGCCAAGCUGUACCUACACGAAUGCUUCGGAGUGAAGAGCAGCAGACUGAAGGAGAGCACCACAUACUGCAACUAUGGCUGGCCCAUUGUUACCAUUUGCGUACGAUCAAUCGAGGCAAGAUGAAAAUCUGCCUCCCUUGAAUCUUUCUCAGCCCCGACAAAAAGACAAAAGCACACAUGAUACCGACGAUAUCGGAGGUAACUUCAAAGUCAGGGAAAGCACUGACUACGAGAACGAUUCCGAUACGUAUUCUGAUGAGGACUUGGAGAAGGAAAAUGAUUUCAAACCUAAGCCCUCUAAGUUUCUCUAUUCUAUGAUAAAUAGUUCUUCCUCAGUGUUGGUGGAGAAUAAUCGUCCUCUAUCCGACUUCAACAACUUUACUAAUACUUCAAGCACAAUCCUUGAGUUCCAUAACCAGAACCUCAGCAGCGAUUCAUUUCAUCAAAUGGAUACCAGCAAUAUUGACGUUCCUAGUUCUCCCUUCCACUCUCAAAAUGUUUUCAACGAGAAGCCUGAGCCAUUGAGCUCAGAUGCAUUUGACGAUCUAGUCUCUAUAACUAAUAACAACUUGGACUCCAAACCUUCACUACCAUCAUCUCCUACACUAUUACCAUUAUCUCAGUCUACACAGCUGAAGAAGGAUUCUUUCACUUUGGAUAGAACUAGCAAGUUCCAUCGUCCCAAAAUAAACAAGCAAUUACAUCCGUUGUCGAGGCAUGGCUCAACAUUUACCGAACCAACCAGGAAGAAACAAAGGAUGGUGCAGGAAAGAGCCAAGAGCAUACCUUUACCACCAGCGCUAACAUCGAACUCGAACGUGGAAUUUGCUAUUGAUCGAGAUGGCCAUGUCUACGGAUAUAAACUUGAAAAAGAUGAGCUACCCCAGAAUUACUUGCCAACGUUGUAUGAUGAGCCUAUAUAUUUUGUUGUUAAGAACUCACCAAUCCAAGAACAGAAUUUACUCAAAGCCAUUGAUGAGUUCUUUGAACAGCCUGUGAGCUCAACCAAACCUAUUUCAACAUUAAAUUUGCAAUAUUUCAAUCUCAGCAGCUUACCGGACUAUAUAUGCGAUAUUCAAAACUUCUAUGACUGUGCGGAUGAUGGCAUUGUUAAACCACUAAUACAUAUUGACGCUUCCUACAAUAAAUUGAGGUCAAUAAAUCCGAAACUUUUGACAAUAGAAAGAUUAGAAAUGCUGUCUUUACGUAACAACAAAAUUGCAAGGCUGUCAGGAAACAUAGAUAAGGCUAAGGAUCUGAAAUCAUUGAACUUGGCAAUGAAUAAAUUCAAGUUUUUGCCCCAUAACAUACUUAAUCUCCGAAAAUUAGAAGUUCUUGCUACCACAGGUAACCCAAUGAUCUCACAAACAUCAGUUGAUAAGUUUUAUACAAUCAAUUUUGAAUUGCUCAAACUAUAUUCACAGCAAACGGGCUCUGUAGAGUUUCUAGACACUGACAAGCAAAUUCUAUCUUUCAGCAGAAUUCACUGGCUGAAAUCCAACAAACAAAUAAGUAAAAAUGCAGUACACGCCUCUAUCCUAUCACGCAGCUUGUCGACUAUUCAAGAUUUGUGCUAUGAUGACAACGGAAAUCUUAAAGACUGGAAUGAUUUUGAGUCAAGUAAUAAGCUGAAGCUAAGAAAGAAAAAACAAAGUUUUGUUGAAUCAAAGCUUACCUGGUGCCCCAAGUUAACAGAACUAGCAUUAAGACAAGUUUCCAAGUAUUUGAUCUCUCAAAGUGAGGUACAAAAAUGGAAAGACUCAACUAGCGAGUUUAUCUACAAACGUGCAAUGAACUCUUUGAUUUAUGGAACAAAUGGAGAAACCUGUGGGAAUUGUGGAGAAAAUUGCAUUGAAUCGGUGGCCGAUAUGCUGGAAUGGUGGGAAUUCAAAGGUAGUAAAUCUGUGACAAUCAAACGAAGAUUCUGCUCCAAACAUUGUGCAACCUGUUGGGUGGAAAAGUUGAAUAAAUUUAAAUUAGCUGAUAAGAGGCUAACUACUGAUUCCAACUGAAAAUGACAAUUAUUACCAACUUUCCGCAUUCAUCAUUUAUAGAUAUAGAUUUAUAUACACACAAACUUUAAUACAGUUACCUCAUAUUCGCAUGAGACACUUAAGCCCACACGUUCACUACAUUGUCAGCACCACCACUCACCAAAUAGCAUCUUAUUUUAUCGUCACUUAGCUCACCGUCAUCGGUAGGAGAAGAUAUAGCUAUUGUAUUGACAAAGCUUUGGUGACCUUGUAGACUUUUCACAGGUUUAACUUCCUCCUCGUCA